AUGGCUCCAGAGGAUUUUUGCGUGGCCUGGGAUUAUCGUGAAUCCCUGGAGAUGGGUGAUAUAGCUGAUGUCUUGUCUAAAUCUUCCCUGGGGAUGGGUGAUAUAGUUGAUGUCUUGUCUAAAUCUUACAAGGCCAGGAUCAAGCAGUACAGGGAUGACAUUACUAUUCUGGAAUACUUCAAAAAGUAUCUCAAAUGGACAAAAGUGCAGCAGUGCAUUCCCCCAAUUCCUGUCAAGGAUAAAAAAGAUGAUGAAGGAUCUUCAAGCAAGGCUCCUCCAGUCGAGAAAGAAGGUCUAGUCGAGGAAGCUAAGCCCGUCGAAGAAGACAAGAUCGUUGAGGAGGAUAAUCCCGUCGAGGAGGAUAAUCCUAUCGAGGGCAAUGUCCCUCCAGAGAAAGAUGGGAAUCCGGAAGCAGAACGAGACCCAAGUUGGUUUACAACAUUUUCGCCUUCGCUAUCUCGGAAGAAGGGCGCUGCUGAGGAUCCAGACGCCUCUCCAGGGUCAUCAUCAUACAGUGCAGCCGCCGCCAUAUUCUACUUUGGGGAUGAUAGAAUUGAAUGCCCCAUAAUAGAAGUGGUAGCCGAAACGAUGACUGAUGAAGAAGCCUUGAAAAUGCUAACCACCUCCUUGGCGAGCAUCCUUAUGCGCAAGAAGAAACUAAUGGAGGAAAUCUCCAAUUUGGAGCUCGAGAAAGGGUUUCUUGAUCAUGAGAAAGCAAUCCACGAGGAGGCAAAGAAGAAGGAGCAGUUAAUGCGGGCUGCCAAGGAGGGAGAGCUAGCCACUGCCCAGGCCAUAAUGAUGCCCACUGGAGGGAUGCCCAAUGUCAUGGUGGGCAUCAAUGAAGCUAUUGCACUAGGCGGCCAUGGCGUGGCUGUUCCCGCUCUUGAAAGGAUAGAAUCUGGAAAGCCUUUCAAUGCCGGCUGGCUACAACAAUUUGUGAAACCACAUCCUCAAAAAAACCUACAUGAAGCAAUGAAGAAUGGGUUGAUGCAUCUUGGCACUGAACAACCCCCUUUGUUCGGGCCUUUGUGUAGCACUAUCCCCCAAAUGGGUUUACCCUUAGAAAUCCCCUCCUUUGAAGGAGAUGCCCCAACGGUGUUACCUGCUAAGCCUGGGGAAGAGAUGCGGGUACCCGAGCUUGACCGAGAUUUUAUUGGUAUCGAGCUAGUUUCUGAUGAAGAUUCCUCUGAGAAGGCCAAGGAGGAUAAGGAAGAGGAGCGGGAGCCUGAAGUUGAGAAGGAACCGGCAGGCAAGAAAGAGGUUUCCUCAACUCAGACUCCUGUCGAGGGAACCAAGCCGUAUUAUGUCCAUAAUAUGCAUUUGAUGAUUCUUGAGGAGGAUGAGAUUAGACAUUUCCCUAUGUUUGCCAUGAUUUCAUCAGCAUUGAGAAAAUUCGAGAAUGUUCACAGCACCGCUAUAGUAAGAGCCCUCGAGAAAGAGAUUAUGGACGCUGUUCAAGCUUAUAAUGUGCAGAUACACUCUCGCUUGGUUCAACAUUUUAAACAAAAAGAGGAGGAGUGGAGACGUCGAUUCCAUCAAUACGAUCUCGACUUCCAAAAUUCCGUGAUUCUAGAGGCGAGUAUCAGCGACGAGAUGAAAAAGCUGAAGGAUGAAAAUGUUUGA